UGCAUUGCAAGCACUUACAUCAGUGCAGAUGUGGUCAUACCUACCGUUUUGCUAAAUAAUGGUCAAAAAAUCCCAAUCCUAGGGUUCGGCACCAGUUUCGUGACCGAACAGGCCAUACGCGAUGCCCUGGCCGACGGGUACCGACACUUUGACACUUCACUCAUCUAUUUAGACGCCGACAAGAAGGUGGCGAUGGAGAAGAUCAUCGGAAAGGUGUUGAAGGAAGUGCUCAAAGAGGGCAAAAUCAAGAGGGAGGACCUGUUCAUCGUGAGUAAACUGGAGUCGUGGGAUCACGAGCGCACCAAAGUGCCGGUUGGGAUCAAGGAGUCCCUCACUAACCUGGGCAUCGACUACCUGGACAUGUAUCUCAUACACUCACCCUAUUCUGAAAAACCGGCAAAUGUGUCGGUCGUGGACACCUGGCUGGGCAUGAAUGACGUCUUAGAGGCCAAGCUCACCAAAUCGAUAGGUGUGUCCAACUUCGAUGAGAAACUAUUGGAUCAACUGAUCGGCAAAGGUGUCGUUCCCGUCACCAAUCAGUGCAUUAGUAAUCCCUACCGAACGCAGACUAAGCUGUUGUCGUAUUUGACGAAACAUAACAUAACUCUCACCGCGUAUUCACCGUUGGGUGGGAUCACUGACCCGGAUCUCCUCAAAGAACCCAAACUCAUUGAGAUCGCGAAGAGCCAUAACGUGUCGGCCGCUCAGGUGGCCCUCAGAUAUCAGGUCCAGAGGGGAGUCAUCACUAUUCCCUCAGCAAUUACACCCAAAUAUAUCAAAGAGAAUUUGGAUCUGUUUUCGUGGAAACUGACGGACCAGGAGUUCAAGGAUGCCGUACGCGACGCACUGGACGACGGGUACAGACAUAUCGACACAUCCCUUAACUAUAAGGACGACACCACCAAAGAGUUGUCGGAGAUAGUGAUCGGACGGGUGUUGAAGGAUGUGUUCAAAGCGGGCAAAAUCAAGAGGGAAGACCUGUUUAUAGUCAGCAAACUGGAGACCGACUAUCACGCGCGCAAACGGGUGUCCGAAGGCAUUAAGACAUCCCUGGCCAACCUGGGCCUCGACUACCUCGACCUAUACCUCAUCCACAGCCCGUCCUCCGGAAAAGAGCCCAUCGAUAUCGUGGAGACGUGGCUCGGGAUGAGUGAUGUGGUGAACGCCAACCUCAGCCGAUCCAUAGGUGUGUCCAACUUCGAUGAGGCACAGGUGGGACGCCUACUCACAGAGGGGGGUCCCAUAAAACCGGUCACCAACCAGUGUAUUAGCAAUCCGUACAGAACUCAGAAGAAACUCGUCGACUACCUGAGCGCACACAACAUCACACUCACGGCAUACUCGCCCAUCGGUGGCCGACACGACCCUAACCUCCUGAAAGACCCCAAACUCAUAGCAAUCGGACAAAAACAUAACGUCUCGGCCGCACAGAUAGCUCUGAGAUAUCAGGUCCAGAGGAAUGUCAUCGUUAUUCCCAAAGCAAAUACUCCCAAAUAUCUCAAAGAAAAUGUCGAUUUAUUUAGCUUUCAAUUAACGGAACAGGAGGUGAAGGACGUGGAGUCUCUCAAUCAGCAC